AUUCCAUUUCGUGUCAAGCACACCACCAACAUGACCUUCUCUUCCACUCUUAACGUUUUUGUUCUAUUGGCUUUAAUUUCAGCGAGCCAGGCGUUACCGCCAAAAGGUUGCACAUCCUGUCUGAUGGUUCCAAUUGAAGAAUCUGAAAAGGCAGGAAUUUCAAGCACCAAUAAAACUAGAAACUCCGAAACUGGAUGCUUUGUUCAAACUGUGCAAUGUGCAUCAAAAGUUCCCGAUUCUGAUACAUAUAUCCAGUUCAACAAAGGAAGAAAGGGACUUUUUGCAGCUGUCGAACAAACUAUUCAGCUGAUCUGUAAUGACCAAGGACAAUGGGAAUUCCGUCAUUCAAAGCUCAUUCUGACAGUCAAUUCUUUGACAUGCUUGUCAACUUGAUAACUAUUUUUCUGAGUUUAUAAGGUUAUUGUAGUUAGGUCGAGUGGAAGAAGAGCAUCAGUCAUGUUUGUAUAUCAUACUAUUUCAAUAAUAGUGUUUCAUUUGCAUUACCCUUUUUUAUUCUUGCCAUGUACAACAACUAUAGAAAAUGUUUAUAAAAUUUAAUU